AUGGACUCAAUAUUUUCACUGUCUUCAAAGAAGAAAUCACGCUCAAAGAUCCAAGCAGAUUAUGAGUGGAACGACGUUGACAAGUCAGCUAUCUCUGGCGGUUCCAUCUCUGCACCAAAUACCAAUCCAAAUCUCAAUUCCAAUUUAAAUUCAAAUAUUGAAUAUGACGCUAAUAAGGAUUACCCUUAUCGUAGCCCCACCCUUGAUUCAUAUCACAGCUCGUCCUCGAUCGACGCAGGUAGAUUACCCACCUCGUCAUCAAUGAUCUCCACUCUCCCCACCAAACGCAAUUCUAGGAUGCAAUCUGAUGGAAAUUCUCUCUUUUCAGGUCGCUCAUCGCAAUUCUCCUCUUUCUUGGGCAGCGGCGAUGCUUUUUACGAGGCUGGUCCUUCGAGGUCAAUAAACGACUUUAACUUAGCAAGUAUUGAAUCAUCCCCUUCAUUCAAUUCUGUAAGAUCCCAAAGCUCCUCCUCCAUGAGCAAACUUGGCACAGGUGGUAUCUCUAUAAAGAAUGUUGACUUACUCUCAGAGGCUGAGAUUGAGGAUCAUUUCGAUAUCUUUGUUCAAUCCAUAGCUCCGGGUGACUCUGAAGCUAAGAGACUCAGAGCUUUGCCUCAAGAUAAUAAGCGUGCUUUGCUUCAGAGUAGCGCCUUGAAGCAGAAGCAAGCUGUCAAGAGACACGGCAGAAGCGAAAAAUCCUCUACUUCCUCCCCACGUGCUUUUGUUGGGCAUGCUGAUGACCCCCCUCAAGCUUACAUUCGCAAAUUCCUCAGUGGUAACGUUUUACACACUGACGUUUCUCAUCUAUCCGUCAGCUUGCGUACAAUGCCUCUCGAGUGGCUGAAGGAAUUUAUUGAGCUUCGCGGUCCUUCCGUUUUGGCCAAUGUGUUACACACCAUCAAUCAUCGCACGGUUAAGAGAGAGGGCGACGCAAUACUUGAAGCAGAAAUCGUCAAGUGCAUGCGGCACGUGGUAAACUAUCCUUCUGGUGCUAGCGAUGUAUCCUCGCAACCAAUUAUUGUGACAUCCUUAGCGGCGUCUAUAAUGAGCCCACAACUUCAAACUCGAAGACAGGCUGUUGAAAUUCUACUCUUCUUGAUCUCUUGGGAUAAACCACGAGGCCACUCGAUUGUUCUCAGAUCAUUCGACGCACUGCAAACACAUUACGAGGAGAAUUCGAGAUUCGAUCCAUGGCUCAAAUCUUUCGAAGCUACCAUUGACGGUAGGGGUCGAAUGGGCUCGCUCGUGGGUGCAAGCGAUGAAUUGAAGAACGCUAUAUCUGCUGAUAGCAUGUUGGUUGAUUAUGCCGUGGUGAAUCUGCUUCUUGUCAAUCAACUCGUAUGCUUGCCGGAAGAUCCAGACGUACGUCAUUUUCUUAGAUCUCAGUUGGAAUUAUCUGGUUUGAAAAGAGUCACAGACAAAUUGAGGAGCCUUCAGCAUCCCCGUGUUGAGGACAUCAUCCUCGAGUACGAAGAAUUGGCUGAAGAGGAUCACGAGUUAUUAAUGCAAUCUCAGAAAUCACAAUUCUUUGGUAGUCUUACAACGACUGAAGACAUUUUUCGGGCUUUAAUAUCAUCUGUUGAAGGUUCCAGAGGUCGAGACUUAUUUCAUGCCGUAUUACAACACUUGCUACUGCUUCCAAGUGAUCCUGAGACAAAGAAUAGGUAUCUUCAAUUAGUGGAUAGCCUCAUAUCGUCAAUUGUGAUGGACGGGAAGGGUGGUGUUGCGACAGACUUCUCAUCGCUAGCUAACGUAUCUGUUGGAAAUGUUGUGUCUCGCUUUACCGAUCAGGACAGAAUGCAGAAGCUAGAGAAUCAGCUGGAAAAUGAACACGCGCAACACAUUAAAACCAGGAGACAAAAGGAUGCACUUGAGCAGGAGGUAGCGCUUUAUAAUGCGACUGACUUGCCUGCGUCGUCAUCUUCAGAUACGGUAUUAGUCAACACGCUUCAAAGGAAACUGAACGAGACGGAGGAAUCACUGAGUAUCUCGCGGGAGGCGAUGCAUAAAGUCCAAGAGCACUCUGAAGAACUUGAAGAUAGACUCCGCGAGAAGAUUACUGAACUGGAGGCACUCAUACGCGAAUUGUUUAAUCUGCUUAAGCAGACGAAAGGGUUCCAUGAUCUCAUAUCAGUUGAAAAUGAAGUUGGUAUUGAUGGGAAAAAGUCUCAGCAACGCGAGUUCGUCACUGCCCUUGAAAGACGACUUGCUCGGCACAAGACUGUUAAGAAGCUAGAGGGUACAGACGCAUUGAACGCAUUGAAUAAUGUCGAUGAGCAAGGAGCCGAGCAAGAAGCUGAACAAAUGGCAGAAAGUCCAAGCAAAAAGCCAAAAAUAGAGGUACCUAGCAAGGGUGAUCAGCCUUUUUCAAGAGGUGCUAAACUUGGACGCAGUCUGGGUGUAGUCAAAGCUCCACCACAGAACAGGGAUUCGGAAAGUUCAGGCAUCACAGCCACAAAGGAUGAGGGUCGUGCAUCACAAUUCAUGGACGCAGAAGAUGAAGAAGUACAGGAGCAUCACGUUAAUCUUGUCAGUAAAGGUAAGCUGACACCUAUGAGAUCAGAGCGUGAAAGCCCCAAGCAACCCAGCCCAAGGGUUCUACGAUAUCAGAACAUGCCAAAGGAUGUGGAUUACAACGUACAACAGCGAAAAGCAUUGGCUAGACCUAUGCCUUCAGGUAAACCUCAAAGAAGCAGUAAGAGGAUUUCGAGUGACAGUGCGAUUAUGAGUGUCCAACCUAGUAACGGUCCAUACGUGAGUAGUUCUCGGGAGAUUGAUGUAGAUAAUAGUUCGAUGUCAAUUUCCAAGACAGCACCAAGUCCACAAGAAAAGUCCAGUAAACGUAAAAGUCAUAAGAAACUUGGUAUAGAACCGGCCUACCUAGAAGAGAUUCGCAGCAGAGGCCGCAGGACGCCUUCAGGUUUACCCUUAGACGAAGACGAUAAAGAUGAAGACGACAGAUCAAAGACGGAUUCAGAGAUGCCAGCAGUUACUGAAGAAUCGCAGACUGACGAGGAGCAGUCUGAUGCAACUAUGACUCAUGCUAGCGGGUUUACUACCCAAAGUGACGAUACCCAAGUGACAUCCAUGGCCUCCAUUAAUGAAAACUCAUCAGAAACCCGCAACAAUGCAUUUGAAGCCAUGCUACAAAAGCAAACUAAGAACCUCAAAAAACACCAAGGGGUUGGUAGACCGGAUGUUACGGAUCAGACGUCCGCCACAAAUGAUAAAGAUCUUUUAUCUUCAAUGCCAGCAGCAGAAUCUACACCCCCUACAGCUCCUCCAGCUCCUCCAGCCCCACCGCCACCUCCGGUUGGAAAUCCUGCAAGUGCUAUGACAACAGGUGGCCUUAUACCUGUGCCGCCUCCUCCCCCUCCAGUCGGAAAUCCUGCAAGUGCUAUGACAACAGGUGGUCUUAUACCUGUGCCUCCUCCUCCUCCACCGGUCGGAAAUCCAGUAAUUGCCAUGGGAGCUGGUGGCCCUAUACCUUUACCGCCUCCCCCACCUCCAACUUCUCAAGCGUCAUCUCAGGGAGCUCCACCUCCUCCGCCACCACCUCCGCCACCACCAGGUACUACAACACCAAACGCCUCACUUGCGAACAUACUCAAGUCUGGUGGUCUACGUCAAGCAAUACCAGCUACUAACACCGGUCUUCCGCCUCCUCCGCCAAUCCCUCCCUCUUCACGACCUACUUCUACUAUGUAUAGUGCUCAUGCUCGUAAAGAGCUGCCUGACGCCGCGAGUCAGAAGAUGAAGCAGCUACAGUGGGAUAAAAUAAAUCAAAAUCAUCUCGGUAAGACUGUCUGGGGUCUUACGAACGAGGCUCCUGAAACAGAAUGGUUUAACCAAUUAAAGCGUGAUGGUGUGUGGAUUGAACUCGAAGAAGAUUUUAAGAGUAAGCAGAUAGUCCUCAAUUUGAUGAACAAGAAAAAGGACAAGGACUUGAUAAGUGUUCUAGACGUUUCAUCGCAGAAGAGAAUCGAAAUUGUGAUGCAGCGGGUAAAGCAAUACUCCCCCGAACAGAUCGCCUCAAAAAUCCUUUCAUUUGACGAGGACUUCUGUACGCAGACAUUCUUGAGCGAGUUGAAACCGGUUCUGCCGACUCCUGAACAGGCAGGUAAAUUGGCACCUUACAAGGAUGCAGGCCCUGAGGUUCUUGUUACUUUGCACCCUGCAGACAGACUAAUGGUUCAGUUGAUCAAGAUAGAAAGAAUGGGACCUAGAAUCGAGGGUAUGCUUUAUAAGUCUGUUUUCGAAGAGGUGUACAAUAUUCUAAGUGAAAGCGUUGAUGUAGUUCAUGAGGCAUCUGAAAGUCUAAUGUCUGCUCCAAGGUUUAUAGAAAUGUUGAAGCUGGUGUUACUGAUUGGUAAUUACAUGAAUGCUCAAGGUGUUAAAGGUGGAGCUUUCGGUUUUAAGAUCACCAGUUUAAAUAAGAUGGUUGAUACCAAGUCGACAAAUGGAACUACUUUGGUUCACUUCCUCGAGAGAACCGUAGCAAAGCAGUUCACUGACAUGGAGCUCUUCAUUGAUGAGUUGUCAAAGCCGGCUGAAGCUUACAGAGUAAAUUUGACGGAUGUGAGGAAAGGUCUAGGAGAUCUUAGAGAAGGGCUGAAACACUUGUUGUUGGAAUUGGAGAAUCACUUCAAUGAUCCGGAAUCUAUUACCCCUCGAGAUGGGUACCCUGAAAAGAUGUGGAAAUUUUCUGCAGUUGCUAAAGGGAAGCUAGAUGGCAUGGUUGACAGAUUAGCUUUGGCCGAUGCUUCGUAUCAGAACACUGCUCGCUUCUAUGGUGAACUUGACAAGUUACCAUCGACUUCGGAGUUCUUUGGUGUGUUUAAGCAAUUUCUGGCUUCUUACAAGAAAUGUAAAAAUGAGAACCAGACGUACGCAGAGGAGAAGGCGAGCAUUGAAAAGCGACGUCAAGCUAAAGAAGCUAGAGUUAAAGAAAGAGCAGCAAUACAAGCAGCUUACACGGACCCAGAGGGCGAGUCAAUAAUGGAUACAUUGCUCGACAAGCUCAAGCAAGGAGACACAGCGCCUAGAAGGCGAGCCAGGAAGGGAAACAGAAGGAGCUCUGUACCUCAUGCCUCGCAAAGUCAAUCAGAUUUAUCAGGUCCAGGUAAUGAAGCAGCUAUGGCAGCAGAUAUGUUGGCAUCACUGCAGAAUAAUGGAUUCCUGGCACCUUUAACAAAGACGAUAGAGGAGAGCGCAAAUGAAAACGAGGUGCAUACAAAUGAAGGUUCGUUGGAUAUUAGCGAUCGUAGCAGUACGUCACCUUUAAGCAACGAUCAAGACAGAAAAGAGGUUAGGUUCAACGAUGAUGAAAAUGAGGAACACAGCGAUGAGUUUGCAAAAGAUGCUGGGUAA